AAGCGGAUGUGGAGCGUGACGACUUAAAGACGUCGACUCCCUGUGAUUCUAAUUCCUCAGGGACCGCCUACAGCCCCUUUUCCUUCACAAAUUCUUCUCUAUCUCUUUCUCUCUCUCUCUCUCAUUCCCACAGAACCCCUGUUUUCUUUCUAAUCUGUAUUUCGGGUUCUGAAAGUAAGCAUUCAUACAGAGAAAGAGAAACCAUGGGUGGGUCCGUAAAAGAUGUAGAAUCAAAGGAAGAGCUGGAUAACGUGGUUCGCCAAGGUGCUCCCGUUAUCCUCCACUUCUGGGCCUCCUGGUGUGAAGCUUCCAAGCAUAUGGAUCAAGUCUUCUCCCAUCUCUCCACCGACUUCCCUCACGCCGUUUUCUUCAGGGUUGAAGCUGAAGAGCAACCUGUGAUUUCUGAGGCUUAUUCAGUUUCUGCUGUGCCAUAUUUUGUCUUCUUUAAGGAUGGUAAGACUGUUGAUACAAUGGAGGGUGCAGAUCCAUCUAGUUUGGCCAACAAAGUUGCUAAAGUUGCUGGGUCAAUUAACCCUGGGGAAGCUGCAGCCCCUGCCAGCCUUGGGAUGGCUGCUGGGCCCACUGUCCUUGAAACAGUCAAAGAGUUUGCCAAAGAAAAUGGUGCUUCCCAAGUGGAAAGUCAAUUGCCAUCAGGUCUGAGUGAUACACUAAAAAUACGUCUCCAGAAGGUAAUCGAGACACAACCAGUCAUGCUUUUCAUGAAAGGAAGCCCAGAAGAGCCCAAGUGUGGAUUUAGCCGAAAAGUUGUUGAAAUUUUGAGGGAAGAGAAGGUCAAAUUUGGGAGCUUUGAUAUUCUGCUGGACACUGAGGUACGCGAGGGGUUGAAGAAGUUCUCCAACUGGCCAACAUUUCCUCAGCUCUACUGCAAGGGAGAGCUUCUUGGCGGGUGUGAUAUAGCAAUAGCAAUGCAUGAGAGUGGUGAAUUGAAAGAGGUUUUCAGAGAUCAUGGGAUUGAAACUUCUGACUUGAACGAGGCAAAAGAAACUGAACCUGGAAGUGGCAAGGGUGGCAUCUCUGAGUCCACUGGCUUGAGUGUGACCUUAACCUCCAGGCUUGAAAGUUUGAUCAAUUCAAGCCCAGUUAUCCUGUUUAUGAAGGGAAAACCAGAUGAACCUAGGUGUGGUUUCAGCCGAAAGGUGGUUGAAAUUCUUCAACAAGAGAAGGUGGAUUUCGGGAGCUUUGACAUUCUUUCUGAUGAUGAAGUUCGGCAAGGGCUCAAAGUUCACUCAAACUGGUCCAGUUACCCUCAGCUUUACAUAAAGGGUGAACUUAUUGGUGGAUCAGACAUUGUAUUAGAGAUGCAGAAAAGUGGGGAGCUUGCGAGGGUUUUAGCUGAGAAAGGGAUUACUCAGAAAGAGACUCUUGAGGACCGUGUAAGGAAUUUAAUAAAUUCUUCACCGACGAUGCUCUUUAUGAAGGGUACCCCUGAUGCUCCCAAGUGUGGUUUCAGCUCUAAGGUUGUGGAUGCUUUGAGGGCAGAAAAUGUGAGUUUUGGCUCCUUCGAUAUUCUAACUGAUGAGGAGGUAAGACAGGGUUUAAAGGUCUUCUCAAACUGGCCAACAUUUCCACAGCUUUAUUACAAGGGUGAGUUGAUAGGAGGUUGUGAUAUCAUAAUGGAGUUGCGAAACAAUGGAGAGCUCAAAUCUACCCUAUCUGAGUAGAAUGGUGUGAUUUUGUCAAAUAAUGCUGAACAGAUCUCAACUCCAGCAUUAAGCAGUGGGCGUGUUUUAACUUUUAUUAUGAACAUUGGCAACUCUCUUGUGAGUUUCUGGUAAAUGUUAAAUGUCUGCAAACCUUGAAUCUCUUAUGAUACUUUUAGGUCAUAUCAUCAUGAAGGUGGAUGGUUGCUGCCCGGUUCAUAAAUGGGACCCGACCUGGUGCUCCAUGAGAUUCAAAGGGGGGGCAUAUGAGCUGUAUUUUGACAUCACAUGGUUCUUCACUUUCACGGUUGCUUCUUUUUUUUUUUUUUCUUCUUACAUUUACCUUGUUAUUACAUUAUUGUUUUGUUUUUCAUUUUUAUUUUAGUGGGCGACUUGCUGUGAUAAUGUUUCAAGUGUGAACUAUAACAUUGUCUAGACCUUUAAAUAUUGCUAUGAAAAGACAAAACACACACUCA